GUAAGGCCAGGAUAUAUAGAUUCACCAAGGGUACCUCCAAAUCCAAUUAAGACUUAAGUGAAAGGUAAAUUGGGAUCUUCCAUUUGCGAGUUGUCAUGUUUUCCAUCAAACAAGUAUGGAAGUACAUUCCUUUAUUUCUUCUUUUAGAAAGGGGUCAUUUCAUACCAAAAGGAAUAGAAAACUUUUAGCUAGAGGACCUCUUCUCUCUAUUUUAGGGCUAUCCACGCAGAAUAAGUACCAAAUUUAUCGAAGGAGAGAACAAGAAAGUAUUCUUCAUUUGAUUCCUAGCCUUCAGACAAAGCGAAGAAGCAUCUCUCCACUAUAUCUUUUUAUUUUAUUUCUUCUUCCCUUUUCAAUAUUCACAUAUUUUAAAAUAGCAUAGAAUGGAAAGGAUGCUCAAGAUAUUCAGGAAGUUUCAUAUCACUAGGUACAGGCCAAGAUAUUGCAACUAAAAUCAUUAACCAUCCAAUGCCGGCAUGCUUGUUCUGAUACCAUGUAGAGGUUGUCCACCCUCCUUCCGAUCAAGAAUUUCAUGCAGGACCUCGAAGGGAGAUUACACUUCAUAAAAUUAGAUGAUGUUUUUCUCAUAUCACAAAUGAAUAUAUGCCAGUAUACAUCUAGAGUUAUCAGAUAUGGGGAAAGGAAUUGAAUAGCACGACAUGGCUUGACAUAUAAAUAAGAAGCAAUGUAUGAGUAGCAGAGGAUUUGAUACAGCACGAGAUUCAGAAAAUCUAAGACUUCAUAUUAUCUUUAUUUGCCAAGACAAGCUAUAGUCAAUCUGACAUGAUAAAAUAUGUAUCCUCAACUAAUUGCAUGUAUCAUGUCCACAACUAAACAAACUGAAACUGAAGAAAAAAAAGUAUUAUUUGUUCUUGGUUAGGUGUUCAAUAUGAGAAGCAUCUCAACCAUUUCCUACCUUUUCGCCUUUUCUUUCUUGCAUGUAUCUAAUACCCAGUACUAGAUGCUCCAGUCAACAGAAUCAUCCAUUUGAAAAGGAAGAUGGUUUUGUAGGUUUUCAGGACAUCAUAGAUAGUGGAUUCCUCCAAUCUCCAUCAGGGAAAAAAAUAUUCCUCUAUUAAUUCUUGGAAUAUGGUUCCCAAACUUUGCCAGAUAAAGAAUAUAUGUGCAUAGGAAAAAGUCAUUGGUGGAUCAAUUCUUUUACCUAUUGUAAGGUGUGUAAGUGUUUCAUGAACUUAUAAUGCAGAGGAAUAUAAUGCAUAAUGCCUUUCCCUUAGAUUAGAAAGCGAACGUGCAUUCAGGACCCACAAAUGUGUAAAACUGGAAGGACAAGAUUUUUUUAUCUUAAGCUGGUAUGAAAAUUAAAUUGGUCUAGAGUUAGAGGCAAAUUCAGGAUUUAGAGUCGGUGAGUUCAGAAUGAAUAUAUGCAUAUAUUUCAAAUGAUUUUUUCCUAUGUAGACAUGGUUCGACCUAAAAACAAUUGGUUAAGUUGAACCCACAGAACCUACCCUAGAUCCAGCAUAUCUAGUUCCGCUGGACCUGUCCAAGAUGCUAUGCCUUUUGUACCACCCCCUCUUCAUUUGCUUAUCAGGGUAGGGUCUUUUGUUUGGAUUUGGUCAAAGAAAAACAAGGAGAUAUAUUGAGCUGUAGCAGAAAACUUUAUUUAACCAAAUGGAAGACAAUGCUAUAUACAGUGAAGAAUAGUAAAGAAUCAUUACUUGGUAAUUCAAGAGUAAGACAAGACUGGAGCCACUGAACGCGACAUCAGAUUCCCUCUAGGCUAGAAGAUGUACCAUCAUCACCAUCAAGCUCCCAACAUGCACCCUUCAACAAGAAUGUCUUUCCCUGAAAGGCAUCUGUUCCUACAAGGUGGGAAUGCCAAUGGAGACUCAGGGCUUGUUCUUUCAACGGAUGCUAAACCAAGAUUGAAAUGGACACCAGACCUCCAUGAGAGGUUUAUAGAAGCAGUUACACAACUUGGUGGGGCAGACAAAGCCACACCAAAAUCAGUUCUGAAACUUAUGGGGAUCCAGGGACUAACCUUGUACCACUUAAAGAGCCAUCUUCAGAAAUACAGGCUAAGUAAGAACCACCAUGGACAAGCAAAUAUUAGCGGGGUGAAUAAAGCUGCAGCAAGUAUGGAGAAAAUAUGUGAGAGCACUGGAAGCCCCAAGAGCAAUCCAAGCAUUGGACACCAACCAAACAACAAUAUACCAAUAAGUGAAGCAAUACAAAUGCAAAUUGAUGUCCAAAGAAGGCUUCAUGAGCAGCUUGAGGUGCAACGACAUUUACAGCUAAGGAUAGAGGCUCAAGGGAAAUAUUUGCAGGCUGUGCUUGAGAAAGCACAAGAAACUCUUGGAACACAAAACUUGGGAACAAUUGGAUUAGAGGCAGCUAAGGUUCAACUGUCUGAUUUGGUGUCCAAAGUAUCCAACCAAUGCCUGAAUUCAGCAUUUUCAGAGAUAAAAGAACUUUCAGGAUUUCACACUCCACAAACACAAGCAACCCAGCGGUUAGCAGAUUGUUCAAUGGAUAGCUGCUUAACCUCCUCUGAAGGCCCCUUGAGGGACCUGCAGGAAAUGCAUAAUAACCAACUUGGCCUGAGGAAUUUAAACUUUCGACCAUGUACAGAAGAAAUUGAAAAUCAGACCAGGUUACAGCAGACUGCACUAAGAUGGCGUGACGACCUCAAGGAAAACAGAUUGUUUCCCAAAAUAGAUGAGGAUACAGAAAAAGAAUUUGCCAAAGAAACAAACUGGAGCAACUUAUCAAUGAAUGUUGGAAUCCAAGGAGGAAAACGGAAUGUUAACAGUAGCUAUGUUGAUGAAAGACUUAACGGAAUAGAUGCAGACAUCAAACUUUUUCACCAAACCGCAACUGACAGAAGUGAUUCAACGAAACCAGAGAAGCAGGUGUCACCACAAGAGUAUAAGCUGCCUUACUUUGCUCCGAAGCUGGACCUAAACACAGAUGAUCAAACUGAUGCUGCUUCUAAUUGCAAGCAACUUGACUUAAAUGGUUUCAGUUGGAAUUGAUAGAUCUCAUCUCCACAUAGAAGUAAAAACAUGAAUUAUUAUGUCUCAAUCUGACACCCACAUGUGGGAAACUGAGCUGAUGCUCCUUUUGGAAGGAAUAAAACAACGCGUAGAUUAUAUACAAUACCGUAACACCAUUGGUUGGUCUAAUACCUAAUGUAUUGUGUUGCAUAAUUUUUAGCAGUACAAAUAUGAGUAACCUUUAGCAGUUGAAUGUUCCAUAUAUCUAAAACUAAUGCACUUUCCUCAA